UUUAAAGCGCAAAGCGUCCGAAACCGCAGCGAAGUACGUUUCGAUAGCGGUUUGAAGCUGCGUUUUUCCGGGCGAGAUCGCGGAUUUCUUUUAGGAGUUGACUUCAAUUUUUUAGCGGGUUUUUUUAGAACAAUGGCAGUCCGCUCGAUUUUAUUUUGCUUCGAACUUGAUUUACGUGAAUAGCUAUGCUUUAGUGAACAUGAGUUAGUGUUGGUUUUUGCCCAUCUGCACCAGUUUUGUUUGUUUUUGUUCUAGUUUUGCUUAAGAUUUAAACACGUUGACGUGUUUGAAACUGCAGUUUUAAGAAAACUGAUAUACUGUGGAUGUCGACGAUUUUUUCUGGGAAAAUUGAACUGUUUAGGAUAUUUGCUGUGCUCAAAGAAAGAACGAAACAUGAAUGGCUAACCAAUCUGGGGGCAGUUUGUAGACCAUGCAGCGCAAGUAACUUUGAAGCUAAAAAAUGGAUGGGGCACAUCGGCAGUUUCAUCCAAUGAAAAGGAGAGCCACACCAAUACCAGUGGCGCCUCCACGGGUUCCAACACCCAUGCCAGCGGCUAACAACAACAAUGGUCCCAGAUCCACAACAAAAGAUGAGGAUUCGAGCAAAAACCAGCCUGUCCAGGACAUCCAGCACCAGCAGCGGCUUAUCUCAAAGGCCCCAUUCCGACUUCUGGAUAAUGACGUCAAAACCGCCUGGAUCAAUCCAAGAUUAAUAUCAAAGAUCGACCUAGACAUAAUAAAAAAGUCCGAGUAUGUGCCCCCAUAUGAACGGAACAUGAAUGGACAACACAAUCCUCAUCAGCACUAUCUGCGGCCCUCUUCUUGCGGAAGAGUCCACGAUCGAGAGUGGGAGACGACGACGACGGCAACGACGGCAAUGGCGGUGAAUGGACGCGCAAAACACGGAACUUUAUCAUCAGUGCCUACCACAACUUCAACCGGAUCACCGGAGCCAACCGGAGUCGUCAGACGCGUCCGAUCAAAGCCCGGAAUUUCGGCGAAUUUGCGCGCCAAAAAUAACAUGCCUCUAGACGCGACUAGAUACGGAAAAAGCCGCCUGCCACAAAGCUCGAACAAAUGCUCAGUUUCUGCCACUGCAAAAAGUCAUCCUGCUAAAAGUGCCACAGUGAACUCUCAAGCUCUGUGCACUCAAACUCAAUUCGGAAACGCGGUUGUAUCGCCUAAUCAUCAGGUGCGAGGAUUGACCUAUCGUCAGCAAAACGUGGUUUGUGAUAGUGCGGGCGUUUUUGGUGUGUAUGCAGAGACCAAGUACGUCUAUGCUGUGAACUCUGUUGGGAAUAAUCUGGCUCAGGCUUCAGCAGCUGCAGCAUUUUUUGCAAGAGCUGCCCAAAAACUGAAUCUCUCAUCAUCGCCCCAUCGAAGAAAACGUCACAAUUCAGACGAGGCGGAUCCUGGAGGAUUCUGUGGCGCUUUGCAGAAAUGUCCUCCACCAGUGCCGCCAGCGCUUCUCCGGAGAAUCGGCGUCAAAGAGGUGACGGGCGUGGGAAAGGUGAAAGUAAUGCUGCGAGUAUCAAAUCCGACUCAGAACGCAGUGGCCGACACUGGCGGAGGAUCGAACAACUUCUUCAGUUUGGACAAACGAAAAAAGCAAGUCACCUUAGUGGAUCCCAGUAUCUUGAAUGGUUCGUCAGCUCCAGAGGAUCGUAGAGUGGGCGUGGCCGCGCCUAAGAUGUUCGCCUUUGAUGCCAUAUUUUCCCAAGACGAUUCGCAGAGUGAGGUAUGCUCAAGUGCCCUUAUCGACGUCAUCCAUGCUGUGAUCAAUGGCACCGAUGGUUGUCUGUUUUGCUUCGGACACGCUGGACUUGGUAAAUCCUAUACAAUGUUGGGCACACCAGAAACAUCCAACACACUCGGUAUAAUCCCUUGUGCCAUUGCGUGGCUUUUUAAAGGAAUCAACGAGCAAAAGCAGAAAACAGGAGCCAGAUUUUCAGUGCGAGUGAGCGCAGUGGAAAUAUGUGGACCGACCAAUCAGCUACGUGAUCUUCUAACCGGCUACUCAAAUGAUUCCGAGCAAUCUCCUGGUAUGUACUUGCGUGAUGAUCCACUCUUCGGCAAUCAGCCUCCACAUUGCGAGUUAAGAGUGCCCUCAGCUGAAAAGGCUGCCCAUUAUUUGGACGCAGCCAUUGAAGGCCGAAGUCCAGUAACAAAAGAUGACUCCCGAGACUCUCAUCUUCUGUUUACGCUGCACGUCUACCAGUACAGUGUGGCUGGCAAAGGCGGAGUUGCUGGUGGCCGAUCAAGAUUGCAUCUCAUCGAUUUGGGCAAUUCCGAAAGAGGAAAAGCGAGUGGAGGAAUACCACUAUCCGGAGUAGGAAACAUUCUGUUGGCUAUAUUUAACGGCCAGAAGCAUCUACCCUAUAAAGAGCACAAACUCACACAUCUUCUUAAAGACUGCUUAAGUUCCUUAACGUGCCACGCCGCUAUGAUCGUUCAUGUCUCCCCUUUUGCACAAAACUAUGCGGAAACUCUAACGACAGUGCAACUGGCGUCCAGAAUACACAGAAUGAGACGGCGGAAAAUCAAGUUCGUAUCAACUGGCACAGGAAACGGAUCAGGAGGAUCAUCGGGAGAGGAGCAAAACCGCACAACAGGGACCAGUAGCGAACCAGAUCCUUCCAGUAGUGAUUUAUCUGCAGAUACCGUCAUCUACGUAGGGAGGGCAGAUGAUGCUACAGACGGCGAACAUCCACCCGUUUAUAUUCCUAGCUUAAAUUCCGGAGAUAACCGUUGCUCAAUGAGCAAAGCACUUAGAGGUUCAUCGGCUGAACAGCGCCCAACCAAAUCACCACGGGACACUCCGGAAAAAUCGUCCACUCACCGUCCAAUCAAAUCGUCCUCACAAAGCGCGAAAACAUCACCGGCCCACACCGGCUCACCCAAAUCUUCACCUAGUCGAAUUCCAUCUAUUAAGAAGCCGAGUGACUCGUCCAAACAUCCAUCGAAUGGUGCAAGUGAUGAACAGUGGAUUGAUGGCCCGAGAAUAUCCAAAAGUAAAGUCGCUGAAGCCAGACACCUGAUGAAAGAACCUUGCCAUAUCAAGAAGCGAGAAACAUGGAUUGACGGACCCAUGCAGGGCGCAGCUGCUGAAGCCCAAGGAUACGGCUACAUGGACUCGCACAAGAAGAAUAUGAUCAGAAAAUGGGUGGAACAUCAGACGUUUCAAAUCCAGAAGACCAAGCCACCGACUUCCGCGCACGGGAGGGUGCAAGAGGGCGCCUCCUGUUCAAGACAUGGCAGCACCAAAGACAUACCCAGCAAAGAGUUUGCUCAAUUUAAAACCUGCUCCUCUGAAGACGUGCACGACGAUGAAGGAAUUCUCAGACCAUUGAGGAAGCAGGAAAUUGUUGAAGAAAGCGUUAUUCGGACUGGUUUGAAAAUGAAUAGCAGUAAUCCUCGUAAUGAUAACGCCAUAAUGGAAACCGACGACAGUGCAUUGGACGACCAACAGAAAAGGCCUGAUGAUGACGACGAAGAACCAGAAUUGCCGCCAGCUUUACCAAUCAUCCAGCCGUUGAGUUCCAGGGAAGUGUCCCUGGAAAGUCUGGAUAUGAUUCUUAAGGAGCGAAUGCUGUCCAAUGCGGAAUAUAACAAGAGCUGCCAAAGCAACUACGAACAAGACCAGAUGAACCAUUCAGAAGAAGACGAAGUCCUGGAAAUCAUCGAGGUCGAAGAACCCUUGGAGCCAGUGCCGACAAUGGACAGCUGCCUUCAGGUGACCGAAGAAGACAUUGCGCUUUGCAUGGGUUUUUCGGAAAAUCCGCUACCAGAAGUGGACCAAGAAAAUCCUCUGGAUCAUCCCCUAAGGAUACUCAGCCAGGAAAAUUUGACUGUUGUCUCCACGUUCACAGAUUCAAUGAGUGUUUAUACGGAUUUGGAAAGAAUUCUGCCUAGGCAUAGAUAUGAGCGCUAUUAUGACGACUACGAAGACCCGGAUAAUCCAUGCCCGAGAACAAAUGGCAAUGUUUCAUUCGAUGAUACAACUCGUCGAAAAUUUGACCAGCUGGCGCGACUGCACGAGCUUUACACCAACCGCCUGGCAAAAGCUUCCGUUGGAAACUCGCAAACGUACCAAACGCAACAAAGAAACAAUGGGAGCCAGCCACGACUUACCAGGUGUGAAAGCCUGACGCUGAACGACAUGCUCUAUGGAGGCUCGCCGCAGGAUGUUCCGGACAACAGCAGCAUCUAUUCGGAGCCGGCGUACGUUCAGGAGAAGUUCUGCGAGAACUGCCGAGUGAGCAUGAGCCGUCCCAACACUGUCCAGAACUGGUACGAGAACAGUUAUUUGAGUGCGAGCACGCAGGACUUGUCCAGGCACAGUGAGGUGAGAGGUGGACGGUUUCACCAGAGCCGAAAUCACUGUCACAGCAAAUUGUCCACGCGAGAAGCCAACUUGGCUUUUUUAAGGCAUCCCGACGGUGCAUCGAACCCGAAUUUACUCAAAGAGACAGCGUGUAGGAGUGCGCUGCCUCCAAGUGCAUCGUCGGUCACUGAGCCUCUCCUCAAACACACUCCACCCUCCUCCAUCAUCAGCCAGCCUCCUCCAAGUCCACUGCCGUCCUCUGAGAGGGUGAAUCGUGCCAUUCUCAGUCUGGAUACGGGGCUGAAGCUUACGCAGAAAAAUGAGGAGUACGACUCUGGGCAUGAUUCCACUCCCAGAACUUCGAAACAUAGUCCGGCUGCCAUUUCGAGAAGAGCUGAAAGUGGAUACGAUUCUGUGGUUCGUGAUAGUGAAAGUAGCUCGAUAGACUCGGAACCAACAAGGUUUUCCCACCUGGGCAGGCGAGGUAAAUGCAAACAUAAACACGAGAAAAGCUUCUGCUCCUGGUUUCUAAACCCGUUCACCUGUAAAUAUAUCGACGAACCACCUGAGACUCAUUUUUAGGGCUAGAUUUAAGGGGCGGGGCGGGUAGAAAUCUGGACUUUUCAAAGACUUUUAGUUGUAUAAGUACGUGUCCAGUCGAUGAGGGGCGUUUCCAGUUUUUCUUUCAGUAAAUUCAAUCUGUCCCAACACUUGCUAAAAUAAAACACAUGGUUUGUACAAUGUUUUUGUCUCGUUCUCCUUAUUUCCAUUGUUCCAUGCAGAAUAUUUGAUGAAAAUUAGGAAAUUUGGAUGACUUAAGUUGAUAUGGAAACAUUUGGAGCGCUCCCAGUAUAAAUUCGUAUAAACCAGCAGCUCUAUUUUUCUAUCGUGUAUCUGUUUAUGAUCUCAGGACAUUGUAGGCUGUAUAAGCUUGGCGCACUGAUUUUAUCGUGUAAUACUCAACUUUUGUACCCCUUCCAUGUAUAAAACUAUAAUAUAUAUUAUACCGUAAAUACUA